AUCUCAAAAAAUCCUCCUUCUUCCUCCGUUCCUCCGCUCCGUUACAAGUACCACGUAACGUUUUUGGUGUAUCGGAUCCGAUAGUCCCGCAAAUGGGUCUCUUGGACAAGCUCUGGGACGACACAGUCGCAGGUCCACGACCCGAUAGCGGCCUAAGCAAGCUCCGAAAAUACUCGAGCAUGUCUGCUCCUCGGUCGUCUCCCUUAACAGACGAUAUACCGAUAUCUCGGAGUAUAACUAUCGUCAAGCCCGCCAGUUUCCGUAACGUUUCGGCCGAAACUGGCUCCCUCCCUUCUUCUCCCGCCGGGUCGAGCGCCCCCGGAUCGCCUUUCGCACCGACGACGCCACGGGGAGAUCCGAAGAAGAUGAGGAGGAAAUCUACAUCUGAAGCGUACGAUCGGGCAGAACCCAGGAAUCCAACGGUGUACGAUUGGGUUGUGAUCGGUGCUCUCGAUCGUUGAUGAAGGGCUGAGAUUUCAUGGGGAAUCGGCCGAGAGAUACAUGUACUUGGAGAACCAGGGAUAAGUCCAAGAAAAUAAAAGGGAAGGUUAGAACUCCAAGGAAAGCUUGGAGUUUCGGAGAGAGAGAGAGAGAGAGAGAUGAGAGAGUAUAUGUUUUAUCUGUGUGUUGUUAGCGUUGAAUAUCGUGUAAUAUAUGCUUUGUUUGGGCUACUUUUAUAUUUUUCUCUUUUCGUGCUGUCUUUUGUGAAUAAAUGUGUUAAUGUGAAUUUUCAUUUU